GACAGCCGGUUGGUCCCGCCCAUUUCAGGCAUAAGCUCCUCCCGCAAACAACGUCAGUCCGAAGUGUCAGAGUGGAGUUGGGGGAUUCUCUCAGUCUUAUAGUGUAUAGCAACUAUACUGGUCAUAGAGGAUGUAUAAGUGUUGAAUUUGGGCUAUUUUGACUGCUUUGAGUUGUUUUGAUUGAUUUAGUGGUGUUUGUGAACGAUUUUGACUGUGUUUGGUGAUGUUACUUGGAACGAUGCCUGAUAAAGGAGUAUCUGGUGGACUUUUGGUGCCUACGGUUAAGUCGAGGGCCACUGAUUUUUCUAUAGCCGCUAUUAUGUCUAGGGGAUCCGAGCUUGCUGAGGAAGAAAGGAGUGAACAUCCGGAUGGGUCGCCAGUUCGUCUAAGCUCCCCGGAGAUCGAGGACGCCCUCAUAGAAGACGAUGACGUAGAGGUAGACGUUGAGGAGUGCUCCGACGCCGAAACGUCGCGAUCGGUCAAGCCAAAGCUGCUUCGGCAAAGUCCGGACGCGUUAUCCGAGUGCGGGUCGGAGCCUACAGAUCUGGACCGGGAAUCGCCGGAACUGCUUCCGGAAAAGCCGCUCUCGACAAAAAACAAAAUUUAUUGCAACUGCGAGGAACUGUUGAAUGUCGAGUGCCACCUGGAGACCAAGGAACUGUGGGACAAGUUCCACGACCUUGGUACAGAGAUGAUCAUAACCAAAACCGGAAGGAGGAUGUUCCCAACACUCAGAGUCUCUUUUACCGGCAUCAGGCCAGACCAGAGAUACGCUGUUCUCUUGGACAUAGUUCCGGUGGACAACAAACGUUACAGAUACGCCUACCACCGAUCUUCCUGGCUGGUUGCUGGAAAGGCUGAUCCUCCUGCUCCUUGCAGAAUAUACGCCCACCCUGACUCUCCUUACACUGGAGAACAGUUGAGGAAACAGGUGGUGUCUUUUGAAAAAGUCAAACUUACCAACAACGAACUGGAUAAGAAUGGACAAAUCGUACUGAACUCCAUGCACAGAUACCAGCCAAGGAUACACAUCGUCAAAUGGAGAGAACACUCAGGACCAAUAACAGACCUGGAACAGGAGCAGUACAGGACCUACAUCUUUCCAGAGACCGUCUUCACCGCCGUCACGGCUUACCAGAAUCAGCUCAUCACCAAGCUGAAGAUAGACUCAAAUCCGUUCGCCAAAGGCUUCAGGGACUCUUCCAGACUGACAGACUUCGAGAGAGAGCCAAUCGAUUGCUUCAUGGAUCAGCACUUCCUUCGUUCCUCUCUACGUCUCUACUCCAACGAUCACAUGGACGCUGAGAACAACAACGCUAACAUCUUCUCAGCUGCCAUGAUGGAAAAAGCCAGGGCUCAGAUCCAAAUGUGGGGAAGGACAGGUGGUGUUCCCUACGGACCUUCUGACCUCCACGCUCUCCUCUUGAGCAGCGCACCAAGCCAGCAGGUCUACUUGAGUCAGAGGUCUCCUGUCAACUUAGGACUGCAAGCCCAACUUUGGGGACAGGGUAGUCAUGCCUGGCAGUCUCCUCUUCAUGGUGGUCUUCCUCCUGGUCUGUUGGGUCCUCCGCCGCCACACAGGCCACAGUUGACUCCUCCUCCUUCUUCGACUCCAAGUUCUUCCGGUUCUCCUAGCCCUACUUCCUUAAACUCCCCUUCAGACUUGAGACUGCCCAAAGCUAUGUUCCCAGGAUUGCAUCGUUUCAGUCCUUACGCUUCCCCAAUACCUAGACCUAACGUCUCAUCUGUCAGUCCUCCUUCAAGAAGUAACCACUGAUAAAGGUGGUAAUCUUCCACCAGUUUGGCAACCAAAGAGCCUUCCACGGAAGGCAGUCGAUGUGUUAAAUAUGUACAUAAACAUAGUUAAUUUAUUAUUGUAAUAUAUAGACAUGUUAUAGGAAUAGCAGGUUAUUAUUUGUAUAUUGUUGUGUAUCUAUAUUUUGUACAAGAAAUGUAAUCAGUAUUAAUGUAAAUAGGUUGGUGUAAAUUUAAUCGAGUGAUUAGUUGAGUUCGGUAAGAACUUUAAAUAUGUUCCUUUAUAUCUGUAGAUUCUUCGGUGAAGCAUUUGUGCAAUAUCCUUUUUAUAUUCUCCAGUGAUUCUGAACUGUCUAAAUAUUUGUCAUGAAUUGUCAUGAAAUCUUCAUAAAUGAUGAUUUGGUAAUUUUUAAAUUGAACCAUAUGUUGAUAGAUAUUGUUGUUGUAUAAAUUAAGUGGAAAUCGAAUGAAUCAAUAAAAAUUAUAAGUGAUA